GCUGGCAGCUCUGCGCUCGUCGCCCGCCGUGUCGCCCGUCGUCAUCCCCGACGCCGCCCGCCCUUGAUCUCCUCAAUCCUCCCCCAUCUGCGCUCGGGCUCUGACGCUGCAGGCGCUGCGGUUUUAAGUUUCUUCGGCACCCGCAGCUGCGAGUCAAUUUCUCUUGGGGAGGCACGAGGCGGAAAUCAGGGGCGACCGUAAACGUCAUUUCUUCUCGAGGAGCAGACGAGAAAUCGUUGCAAUGGCGGCAUUGGCAUCUUCGGUGUCGUCGUUCGUCGGGGCAUCUGUGGCAUUGGGCGUGAGAUCGACUACCGAGCGAGCCUUCAGUAGUCGGAGGAGCGUGAAGGUAGUUGCAGUCGCCACGCAACAGCAGGCUGCCGUGAAGCAGGAGACGAAAAUCAAGUCCAUCAAGGCGAGACAAAUUAUUGACAGCCGCGGCAAUCCCACCGUCGAGGUCGAUCUGGUUACUGAUCAGUUGUAUCGAUCAGCCGUGCCCAGCGGAGCGAGCACUGGAAUCUAUGAGGCUCUUGAGUUGCGCGACGAUGACAAGAAGGUAUUCGGAGGAAAGGGAGUUUUGAAGGCUGUUGAGAACAUCAACAAUGUGCUUGCGCCCAAGUUGAUUGGUCUGGACUCAAGAAAUCAGAGGGAGAUUGAUGCUAUCAUGUUGGAACUCGAUGGCACACAGAACAAAGGCAAGUUGGGUGCCAAUGCAAUUUUGGGAGUGUCACUUAGCGUAUGCAGAGCGGGAGCUGGAGGCCAAGGAUUGCCACUGUAUCGCCACAUUCAGGAAUUGGCAGGCACUAAAGAACUUGUCAUGCCAGUUCCAGCUUUGAAUGUUAUCAAUGGGGGUAGUCAUGCUGGCAACAAAUUGGCCAUGCAGGAGUUCAUGAUUCUCCCUGUAGGCGCUUCUUCUUUUGCCGAGGCUAUGCAAAUGGGCUGUGAAGUGUACCAAGUCCUGAAAGGUAUCAUCAAGAAGAAGUACGGUCAGGAUGCGUGUAAUGUGGGUGACGAAGGUGGAUUUGCCCCUAACAUUCAAGACAACAGGGAAGGCCUCAUUCUACUGGUGGAUGCUAUCGAGAAGGCAGGCUACACUGGCAAGGUGAAAAUCGGUAUGGACGUGGCGGCAUCUGAGUUUCUCACAAAGGACGGCAAAUAUGACCUUGACUUUAAGGAGGAGAACAAUGACGGCAAGAACAUCUACACAGGAGAAGCUCUAGGUGAACUAUACAAAUCCUUCGUCAGGGAAUUCCCGAUUGUCUCGAUCGAAGACCCGUUUGACCAGGAUGACUGGAGCUCGUGGGCAAACCUUCAAUCGGGAAUGGAUGCUCAGCUCGUUGGAGACGAUCUACUUGUCACUAACCCAAAGAAGAUUGCCGAAGCCAUCACCAAAAGAGCAUGCAACGCCCUUCUUCUGAAGGUUAAUCAAAUCGGCUCUGUUACUGAGUCCAUUCAGGCUGCACUUGAUUCAAAGGCUGCCGGUUGGGGCGUUAUGGUCAGCCAUCGCAGUGGAGAGACUGAGGACACCUUCAUAGCCGAUCUCGCAGUAGGUCUGGCUAGUGGUCAGAUCAAGACUGGAGCUCCUUGCAGAAGCGAGCGUCUUGCAAAAUACAACCAGUUGCUUCGCAUUGAAGAUGAGCUCCCGGGAGUCCGCUACGCUGGUGUGAACUUCAGACGCCCUUGAAGGGUUCAGCAUAUCCACCCAUCUGAAUGUGGGUUUUCAGCAACCUUAGAUACCAGUUGGAAGAAAGAACUGUAUUUAAUCAUUCAUAAACAGUGGACUCGGAAUUAAGCCAUCGCAAUGAGUAGUAGUGGAGGCAGCGUAUGUAUCAUGAGGAGAGCCAUUAAUUUUGCUUAAGCCUAGGGUUCUCCACCGUUCUUUACGAGAUCAAUUUAUUCAAUCAGCCACGAGCCAAAUUAGGCUUGAAGGCGGAUCAGAGUGGUAUAACCGAGUAAAACGUGAGAGCUGUUAUCUCGCGCCUUUUCUCUUGUCAUUUCGUUUUGUUAUGUUGUCACUUGCCUGAACUCGGACCAUCACUCAACUUGGACCAGAUCUCGAAGUUAAUUUAGGCUGUGUAGAAUGUCCUUGCGCCUUUCUCUGAAGUCCUAUCAACCAUCUUUCUUAAAGCUUGUUUCUCUUCGAAGUAUCGGAACUUUUUC